AUGGAUCUGCUCCAUAGCAAUGGCGUGCUGAUCAUCCAACAUUUGCAGAAAGAUUACAGGUCUUACCAGAGCUUUUUAAAUUUCAUGUCACAUGUUGGAGAUCCUCGGAAUAUUUUUUCUAUUUAUUUCCCUCUUUGGUUCCAGCUGAACCGAGUGGUUGGAACAAAAAUGAUUUGGGUUGCAGUGGUUGGUGAUUGGCUCAAUCUAAUCUUCAAAUGGAUUUUAUUUGGUCAUCGUCCAUAUUGGUGGGUCCAAGAAACAAUGAUUUAUCCAAACCAAACGAGCCCAUGUCUUGAACAGUUCCCCAUCACGUGUGAAACAGGUCCAGGAAGCCCCUCUGGGCAUGCCAUGGGAUCUUCAUGCGUUUGGUAUGUAAUGGUGUCAGCAGCCCUCAGCUAUACAGUGAGACAGAAAGAUAAAUCAGCCAUUAAUCUCCACAGACUUACCUGGUCCUUCCUGUGGAGUGUGUUCUGGAUUAUUCAGAUCAGUGUGUGUGUAUCAAGAGUAUAUAUUGCCACACAUUUCCCACAUCAAGUUAUCCUUGGAGUCAUAGCUGGCAUGCUCGUCGCAGAAGCAUUUGAACAUGCCCCAGCCAUACAGAGCGCAAGUUUGAAAACCUACAUCCAGACCAAUGUGUUGCUCUUUGUUUCUGCUCUUGGCUUGUAUCUGGUUCUCAAGCUUAUUGACAUUGAUCUUCUCUGGUCUGUCCCAAAGGCAAAGAAAUGGUGUGCCAAUCCAGAGUGGAUUAAUAUUGACACAACUCCAUUUGCUGGACUGGUGAGAAACUUAGGUGCCCUGUUUGGGCUAGGUCUCAGCCUUAACUCUGACAUGUUCGUCACAAGCUGUAGAGGUAAACAUGGCUAUAAGACCAGUUUCAAGGUAUUCUGCAUAGCCACUUCCUUGGCAACACUGCAACUCUAUGACUUUAUCAAGAUACCCACCCAUACCGAGUAUUUAUUUUACACCCUUUCUUUCUGUAAAAGUGCAGCCAUCCCUCUUACUGUCGUGGCUUUGGUUCCCUACUGCAUACACUCGUUGAUGAAGUCAAGAGAAAAGAAGCUUCCAUAGAUGUGAUGGUGAAUUUGGUAUGGCGCAUCUUCGGACAUCAAGGGUGUUCUGUGACUGAAAGCUUGGAAUGUUAUCUUGUUUUUCCCCCAUUCUGAGCAACCGAGGGUGCAUUACUGGUUUUUAAAAUUUAAAAAAGACAUUUACGUCCA